CCCGUGGCUCCAUCCGGCAGGCUAUAGCUAUAAGGGUAAAGGGAGGCAGUGAAAAAAGACAAUCGUCUGUAGUUCAGUCCUUCUCACACAUGCAGUCAGUGAUAUUAUAUAACGAGAACAGGUCUGGACUAAACUGCGUUUUAGUUGCUGUAUGAUAACUUGGGUGACGUGGAGGAUCCUAGACUCGCAGUAGCGCGCGCGUCUCUCCACAUCAUGGAUCAUAUGGGAGCGCAUCUCCACCAGACGCACGCAGACACCAUCAGUUUUGGGAUCGAUCAGAUUCUUAACAAUGCCGAGCAGGGGAGCUGCAUGAUCUCCAAUCCCAGAAUGCAGGACCUGGACUACGGUUUAGGCUGCAUAGUCAGCACAGCCUAUAAUACCAUGACUGGCAACUACAAUGUCAAUAACUCGGCUGGAUACAAUGGAAACUCGUGCAGCGUUGGCUCCCUCAACGGCUCGUACAACAUGAAUUUUGGCACGAAUGUUAAUGGGAAUUGCCUUAAUUCUUCGGGAGUGAUCCGGGUUCCAGCGCACCGGCCGCUGGGCAGCGUUCACUCGUCCAUUCCCACCAGCGCUGCCACAGUGCCAAGUAUGGGAAGCAUGGGCACCAUUAACAAUCUCACGGGAUUAUCGUUUCCAUGGAUGGAGAGUAACAGGAGAUUUACCAAAGACAGAUUUACAGUGGCCCUCUCACCGUUCACUGUAACACGCCGUAUAGGUCACCCGUACCAGAACCGAACGCCUCCGAAGAAGAAGAAGCCCCGGACGUCGUUCACGCGCCUCCAGAUCUGCGAGCUGGAGAAACGCUUCCACCGUCAGAAGUAUCUGGCGUCAGCUGAGAGGGCAGCAUUAGCGAAAGCACUUAAAAUGACUGAUGCGCAGGUCAAAACAUGGUUCCAGAACAGAAGAACGAAAUGGAGGCGGCAGACGGCAGAGGAGAGAGAAGCCGAGCGACAGCAAGCGAACCGAAUACUUAUGCAACUUCAGCAAGAAGCUUUUCAAAAGACUAUAAACCAACCUGUUACUCCGGACCCAAUCUGCCUCCACAACAGCUCUCUUUUCGCACUUCAGAACCUCCAGCCCUGGACUGAGAACACGGCAAAAAUCAGCAGCGUUCCCAACACCGAUUAAAAGACUUUUAUGGACGUGCGAUGUACAGAGGAAUAUCUCAGCAUCACAUUACUUUCUUGUUUUUACCGUAAUAUCAGUCUUCAUUUGAACCUAAAAUAUGCAGCUUGUAUAAAACAGAAAAACUGCUGCUCUCCGUUACAGCCGUGCAUAAUUUUUUUUUAUUAAUUUUUUAGAAUUCGAUUCCAACCAAAUGUAAACAUAAAAGACUGUCGUAUUUCGUUUGUAUCAAAAACAUUAAGUUUAUUUUGUACACUUCCAAUAGCCUAACGUUUGAGGUAACACUUUAUAAUAAUUUUCAUGAAGUCACAAAAUAUUAGGCUACAAAUAAAGUAUUCAAAAACCAAACGAACGUACGAUUACUCGCAGAAUUAUGGGUUGUUUUCAAAAUGGACUAUUAAUAUAAGUACACCUACUAAAAGAAUCGUCACAUAUGAAAUAGUGCCCAGAAUUAUGGUAAAUAAUUCAAGAACA